AUUUUGUGCCAGAGUUGAAGUGGAAACUGACAGUUCAAUUUCCGUGAACGUGACGUUUGAAACGUCAAUCGUAUCUGGCUCUCUUUCCGGUUGCCAGCUUUCGCUUGGAAGGUUGUUUUCGGUAUCAUCAAAAAGUAUUUUUUGAUCAAGGUGUAAGUGAACAGCCAGCCAAGAUGGCCAAGUCCAAGAAUCACACCAAUCACAAUCAGAACCAAAAGGCACACAAGAACGGUAUCAAGAAGCCCAAGCGCAAGCGUCAUGAGUCGAAGCGUGGUAUGUGCCAGAAGUUCCUGCGCAAUCUUCGGUUCUCCAAGAAGGGUAACGUUUCGCACGAGGAGUCCCUGAAGCGCGCCGAAGAACGUAAGGCCAAGUUCGCUGGUCAGCCCGCCCCGGUGAAGCUGUAGAAAGUACGGAGAGCUGUGUAUCGUACAAUUUUCCAUACAAAUGCGAACGACAUGGGCGGAGUGAUUGUGUGGGCGUGAAGAAAUAAAGCGAAAGCGUUAAAAGGACAACAAA